AUGUUGUCGCGAAACCUCCUUGUCCAGGCCGCUGCCCUGGCUGUCGGUGCUGCCGCUGGCGGCUCCGUGUCAUGCCCUGCUGAUGUUCCUCUGAGCUGCCAGGCAACUUACACAGACACCUGUUGCUUUAAUUCUCCCGGAGGCCAGAUUCUUCUCACACAGUUCUGGGACACCAACCCCUCGACUGGCCCCAUUGACUCCUGGACCAUCCACGGACUAUGGCCUGACAACUGCGAUGGAUCUUAUGAGCAGUACUGCGACUCAAGCAGGGAGGUUUAUAAUGUCACAGACAUUCUCAAGGCUAAUGCGCCUUGUACUCUUAAGUACAUGCAGACCUUCUGGAAGGACUAUAAGGGUGACGACGAGGAUUUCUGGGAACAUGAGUUCAACAAGCACGGUACAUGCAUGAGCACCCUUGAGCCUAAGUGCUACCCCAGCUACCAGCCUCACCAAGAAGUCGUGGACUACUUCAAGCGCGCUGUCAAGGUCGAUAGAACCCUUCCCACCUACAAGUGGCUCGCUGCUGCCGGCAUUGUUCCCUCCACAAGCAAGACGUACACUCUCGCCGAGAUCCAGGCUGCCCUGAGCAAGAACCAUGGGUACGAGGUCAUUAUCCGAUGCUCCAGCGGCGAAUUGAACGAGCUUUGGUAUCAUUACAAUAUCCGCGGAUCCAUCCAGUCCGGCCAGUUUGUCCCCGUUGCCCCUGUUGGCUCUCCUUCCAACUGCCCGUCAACCGGUAUCAAGUACCUCCCCAAGGACGGCACCAACCCAUCGCCUCCCACCAAAACCAGCACUACGCCUGGUAGUACCCCAACUUCUGCUCCCGGCCAACUCUCAGGCAAGGGAUUCUUCUAUGCCACCACCCCUGGCCAGUCCAACGGCGGCUUCUUGAUCAGCAAGGGAACCUGGUACCGUGACCCUAACGGUACCCCCGCUGGAUAUACCGCUGCCCCCAACUCUGACGGAAAGACCUUUACCCUGAAGACCAGCAAGGGCAACUGUGCUGUGAAGAGCGACACCUUUUCUUGCGACACGAGUAACUCUUCUCCGAGCUCAUUUGGGUUUGAUGGUACCUAUCUGACCUUCGGUAACUCUAACACAUUCUACGCCACCGAUCUUCCCACUGGCCAAACUCAGGGUACCGUUUACACUACCCCCAAGUCCGUUUCCUUCCAGGUCACUUGGAAAGCCUCAUAG